AGGCCUUCUGCGCAUCCGAAGAAAGCGAAAGCUUCUCAGUCUUCGGAGAAGGUAUUUGUUCUGACUUGGAGCCUUUGUGAUCCGUUCUCUCUUUUUCUGAAACUGACCUUUGAGCGUUUGCCCUGUAGGAAGAAGUUUCGGAAGUCAUGCCUCCUCCAAAAAAUCUCCUUCACUUCAUGCCCUUGCCAGGGCAGAAGUUGAAGAGUGUGGUGGUUGCGGAACCGCCGCCCGUGGACCAACCGUUGGCCGAGGAAGAUACCAUCCCCUCUCCGCUGAAGCCGUCUGCUGCUUUGGGGAUCGAGAUCAAGGAUAUAACCAAGGUGAUGGAGGCAAUUGAAGCCGACCUUGUUCCUGGCUCGGAUGUCCCUACUGUGGCCGAGCGGAAGGAAGAAUCUGCUGACGUUUCUCUCGCAAGGGAGAGAAGUCCAGAUAAGGAGAUGGUGGAUCUCACCGAGGCUCACAUGGAGGUUCCCGAAGCUGAGAAGGAGGUCCCUUCUGCUGAGAAGGAGCAACCCGAGCAGGGUCUGACGAGGAAGAGGCGCCACUCGACCUUGGGCUCUACUUCGACCUCGGCCCUGGAUAGACUGAUCCACGCUGACCCUUGCUCGGAUGUUCCGCUGAAACGGAUCCCCGAGGAGGUAAGGGAGGCGAUGGCUCGCUAUGCUAGGGCUCCGGUUUUGGGGGAGAACCCCAUGGCUCACGUGGGAUCUUUGGUGGGUCCCGAAGCUGCACGGGAGAAUCUUCUUCGGGCCAACCCGCAGUGGAGGGUUCCUGGAGCUGAGGAGAGGAACCCAGCUAUGAUGGCUCAGUAUUAUCUGAAUGAGGCUGUUUUCUGGUCCUCGUUCGCUUCCGAGUGUAGCUCGGUUGAGGAGAGGCAGUUGAGGAGGUAUCAGGAGGCUUAUGCUCGUGAUAUCCCUGUCUUGGACCAGAAGGCUGGGCAGCUCAUGGCCGAGAUGGUGGACCUCAAGCUACUGUACCUUCAGUACAGUCGUGAGGCUAGGGAAUCGGCUGAGCAGAUCGGGGCCGAGCCAGGAAGCGGAGGCGAGGCUUGUUCAGUUUGUUAA